UACAAACACUAUUUCCUCAUCUGUCUCAGUUGGUAUUUACUAUCCAAGUGAGUGCGUAUUUCAUGGCCUACUUACGUUGUUGUAGUAGUAGUCUGAGCGUAAUAUUGUCUUUAACUACAGUUUUAUCGGUCUUUGCUACCAUUGAGGUGGUAUCUGGAAGAGAGAGGUUCUUCAGAGUUACAUGUACAACUACUGGAGGGCAGGCACUAAAAAUCAAUGUUGAGGGAAUAAAUUAUUCCAGCGUAGAACAGUUACCAGUUAAAGCAGUCGGUGAACCUCAGAGGAUUGGAAAUGAUACCUACUAUGCUAACACUAGAAUCAUAGCAGGAGGGAAUGAAGGAGAUAUCUACCAAUGUACUGCAUCGAAUGGUGUCGCAUCAGAUAAAACACAUGCCACCAUGUUGAAAGUUGCUUCAAGCCCCAUCAUAGUAUCACUGACUCAGACAUCAGCUACGUCAGUGAUAGUGGAGUGGAGUCAGCCAUCAGGAGGAGCCACAGUGACUGGAUAUGUAGUACACUACAGCCAUGAACUUGAUAACAUGACAGAGAAUGCACCUGUAUCCUCGUCACACCUUAGUGUAUCCAACCUUUGUAGUGGUUUUAUCUACAUUUUCUCAGUGGAGGCUACAUCAGAACAUCUGUCUGGAGAGUCUGCAGCCAGC